AUGAAGACCUCUGGAACUAAUGAGAUACCUGAAAAAGAAUUCUUCGAGGAAUUAGUUAAUUCUUUAAAAGAUGACGUGUUUGUGGAUUUCUUCAACACUUUUCUCAGCUUACCAGUUUAUGGACAAAUUCCGUUUUUCCAUAUCGCAGAGAGCAAAUGGAUUAUGUGCCCAGAGUUACCAUAUAACAAGCGAUAUGGUUCUCAUUUUAUCCUGCUCUCAAUAGGAGUGGCUAGAUGGGUCUUUGCAGGCCAGUGGUUGCUAAAGAGAUGCAUCGGGAGUGUGAGGGGAAUAAAGCGCUUCUGCUCUUUCAUCAAAGGGACUUGCGGAGAGGAGCUGGUUGCUUUCUGGGUCAGUGUGGGUAGGUUGCUUCAGAUUGAUGAGACAGACUUAAAUCAGAGAAACAUCUACUUGUCAUACCUUCAAGUCCUAAAAGUGGUGCACCUUCAAGAAGGAUCCACAGUGGCUGUCACUUAUACUUUGCUGAAGAUUUUCAACUGGGAUCGCCCUUUCAAAACCAGAAGAGACCUUCUUGGGAAAAUGAAGGAUGAGGCCCUGCUGAAAGUACGCACUUAUUGGCUUCCACAGUUUCUCACUCACUGCAAGCUGUCCAUGCAGAAGGUGGAGGAAUGCAGAGGUAUACUGCAGAAAUACAAGGAAAAGGCUUUUCACGAAUACCAAGGACAGUUGACAGAGCACCAGACAGUAAACCUCUCUGUGCGGAGAAUCACAUUUGAACUUUCGCAAAGUGUAACUGAACCUUAUUCCUCCAAACAGACCAAAAAACGACUUUGGAACAUUCCCCUGAAGUCUGCCAGAAGCAAAUCCAGAGCCAAAUUGAAUUUCCUGGAAUCUCCUUGCACUUUGCCACUUAUAAAAUCUAAAACAGACCCCGAACGCUGUUCGAAAGACAAUGACAAACCACCAAAAAUCUUACUUAGGCCAGUCAUCAAACCCCCUUCCAUUCUGAGCUUCCAGUCUCUUCCAGAAAAUCUUCAUCAGUAUGAAUAUCUGUCCUGUGUUCUUACGGCUGAUGGUUUUGCUGGUGGUCCAUUUGAGACCUUCUUAAAGACCAAGGAACACACCUCUGAGCUUCAUUACUUGGGACUGUGGAGAGAGAUGUACAGCUUCUUAAAUCUUGUAUUAAGGUCGGAAGACGGAUAUGGUCAUAUUCUGAGACAGAUAGUUGCUGAAAGGAUUGUGGAAGUGUAUCUCAGUAAGGAGUCCACAGAAUAUGUCCAGUUGCAAGAGAAAACCACCAAACACCUACGGAAUCUGCUGCCAGCUGGAGAAGUUAUACCUUGGAUAUUGACAGCCCAAAAUGAAAUUUGUGAGAUACUUUGUUCCUCCUAUGAUGAUUUUCUGGAUGAAGAUGAUAAGAAUUUCCUUCUGUUGAGUUCCAGUUUAAAUGAAGUAAAGCUGAAACAGAGAGCCAGCGGUGUUACACUUGUGUUUAAAAAAUCUGAUCAGCUGCUCGACAGAAUGAGAGUGGCCCUGGAUCUCUGCCAGGCCUGCUCCAGCAGUGGGGAUGCGGAUAUGCUCACUGAAGACACAUGGGCACUGAUGCCACUGGAGGAUAUCAGGAAUGGAGGAUCCAUCCAGUUGGCACCAUCAAAAAGACAAGCUAGAUGUCAGAUGUCAUUUACAGAACUGGCUAAGAAGUAUCCAAAACUGGCAGUUGAGGAGACCAGCAUAAAUUACAGACUUUAUUACAAGAACAGACCGUAUUAUGCUACAAACAAUCAUAAAGGUGUAAAACACAAGCUCUUCAAGGCAAUCAGCAUGAAGGAGGUGCACAGCCUCCCGUGUCAAGCACACGUUCUGUUUAAACCACACAUUUUUGCACACUGGUCUCUAGCAGAGGUCCUGAAGAAUCCAGUAAGCACAGAGUUUUUCAAACGUUACCUGAAGACGUUUGGCGCACAUGGCCCUGUGCUCUUCUAUCAAGAAGUGGAGAAGCUGACUGAGAUUCACGAUCCUAAAAUCAUAAAGCUCAAAAUUAUCAGGAUCGUGGAUAGGUUCUUCGGUCGAAAAAUGAAACCUGAGGUGUAUCUUCAGUGUAAUGACAAUGUUAUAUUGGAGAUACCAAGGAUGCCUUCUGUGACUUUAAACCUGCUUCUUGCAGCACAGAACCAGGUUUUAAAAUCUCUCGAGGAAAAAUGGUUAAGACCGUACCAAGACACUUUCCCUCCAGUUGCGACCACUACCACUAUUUCUGACACAUCAAUUCGAGACGGUCUCCUGAAAGACAAGCUGCAACAUAUAUGGAGUGCUUUUUGCAGUUGCAUUAGAAGUGUUUGCAAAUUCCGCAGUGCGAUGAAAAACCUAAUGGUCAUGAAAGGUUUUGAGGACUACCUUAAACAUGAGGUCAAUGACUAUUCAGAAAGUCGAAUGAUAUUCGUUAGUAGUUCUGGUACCACCAAUACACAAGUGGCUGAGAAUAAAGAAGAGGCAGACACCACACAAGUAAAGCGCAGAGUUGUCAACAACAAAGCCCUCAUCGUGGGCUUUAUAGUCAAUGACUUGUCAUUCUACUUAGAAGUAGAAAAAUUUCGCAACCUAGCAGAUGCAGGCAGGAUCAUGGCUUCAGCGGGAAUGUAUGGCGAGAACGACCAGGCUCAGCUGCACAGCAAGGCAGAAAUGAUAAUCAAGCUAUUCCUCAGGUCUGAGAUCUCUCCUAAACACCGGAUCAAUAUUGCUGAGGUUCAGAGAGAAAUGAUUCUGCUUUCAGUUUUACAUGGGAAUAUUGACCGUAGCCUUUUCCAUUCUGCAGUCAUGUCCAUCUUUCCCACCCUCAUCUUCUGCUGGAAAAAGUUAGCGUACCUUGUUUACUGUUGA